GGGACGAAUCAGAUGUGACCAUAGAUGGUUGCUAGUACAAGAACAAAAAAAAAUUUAAUGGACUAAAACAAAAGGCUCAAGUGUCACAAAAAAAUUCUUCAGAAAGCUGAGAAAUUCUACUUGAUAUUUAACUUUGUUCCAACCAUCACCAUUGCUCAGAAUUUUCUCCAUAGUGCAGCAUGUGUACCUGUAUGAAUUAAAGUUGGUGUUGGUUACACUACUCAAGAUAUUAAUUAGUGAAGAAACAAGCAACUUGUUUAUGAAAAUGGAUUAUUAUAUUCAGAGAUACAAACCUCACAAUGGAAGACAUGACUUUGUUGAGAAUAAUGCGGCAGAUGUGCAGCUUCAGAGAGUAGAACAAUAUUCUCAGGAUAUUGCUACUGAAAUUGAAGUUAUUGAGGAGGAGUCUAGUGAUAUGGUCAAUGAUGAAGAGAUUAUGGAAGAAGCAGAUAUGGAGGAGGGGGUGAUGGAGGAGGUGGAAGAAGAGGAGGUGGAGGAAGAAGAGGAGGACAAAGAGGAAGAAGAGGAGAACAAAGAGGAAGUAGUGGAAGAGGCAGUUGAGGAAGAGGAGGGAAAUAUACCUAGCAAUGAUCCUCACACAUGUAAAGAGGAAAUGCCUAAUGCUGUGGAAUUUCUCAGUGUUGAAUGUGACAUGAUUUUGGAGCCCGAAUGUGACUUGGAGACUGGCAACCAAGCAAGUUAUAGAAAUGGACGACACAAAAUGGACAAGGUUCAAGCAAGUGCUAUCCAAUCAGACAGUGACCCAGUGUUCCCAAUUUUAUAUCAUAUUCCCUUCAUAUCUAAACUGUUUCGUUAUCGUGAUGUUGACGUUUACAGACGUACUUGCAAAGAUGGACCAUUCGUGAAAAUUUUCAUUCCUGAAUCCUCAUUUUCUAAUUCUUUGAAAAGAAGAAGCACCCGUGUUAAACAUGCAAAUAAUAAGAAUAAUCAGGAAGGUGAUAAGUGUGAGAAUGGCAAAAACAUUUACGAGUAUGUGGAAAAUAGAAGAUUGACAUCAGAAGAGAGAGGUUUGAAAGAUCAAGUGAAUGAUUCACCAAGUAAAUGUGAGGUUUGCCAAAAGCAGUUUAUGGAUAAGAGUGCUUUGAUGGUUCAUAAAUUGUCGCAUAUAAUUGUAUCUGGAAAAUCAUACCCCUGCACAGUGUGUGAGGCAACAUUUACAAAUAAAUCGUUGCUCAGAAGUCAUAUAAAACGUCACUUUUGCUUAAAGAAUGUUCAGUGUCAGUUUUGUGAUAAAAAGUUUCAGAGUAACAGCCAGUUCAUUAUUCAUCAACGUAUUCACAUAGGUGAAAAGCCAUUUCAGUGCCAGUAUUGUGAAAAAAGUUUCACCUAUAAAUUUCAGUUUGAUAGCCAUCAAAGAAUUCAUGUUGGUAAAAGUCUUUUGAAGUGCGAAUAUUGUGAUGCAACCUUUUCUCAAAAACAAGCACUUAUUGAACAUGAGAGAAAACAUACAGGUGAGAAGCCUUUCAAAUGUGAAAAGUGCAGUGCAACAUUCAGAGUCAGGUCAUACUUAGGGGCUCACAAAAAAUGCCAUAUGGACAGAAAGCCUCGAGAAUGCCCAGAUUGUGGUUCACAGUUUUGGAAGAGUUCAGCUCUUAAGAAACACAGGAAGGCUGAGCAUGACACAUAAAUAUUUCUCACUGGUACAUUAGUAAGACCUAUAAAAAAUAAGUUUGGUUAUGGUAAUUUAGGCAGUCAUAUUUUUUGUGUCAUCUUAAGUUUAAAAGUACAAAAUUUCCUCAAAUUGUUACUUAUUAAGUUUGAACACUUAUAGUUUUAGUGAAAACGUACUAGGCCCACGUGUGUAUUUUCCUUUGUGGUGAAUAUAUUUAUGUAUCGUACAGAGAUUUAUAAGACUUAUUGAUGUAACUUUUAUACAUUAUUUUACAUGUAGAAUUCUGCUCAUACAUUUUUGUACUGUAGAUUAUAUUCAUAUAAUAAUAUAAUAUAAAAUAUAUUGUUCAUGUUCAUCAUAGCCUGAUACAGUGGAACCUUGGUUUUCGUCAUUAAUUCGUUCCAGAAAGUCUGACGAAAACUGAAGCAAUAUUUCCCAUAAGAAAUAAUGUAAAUCCACUUAAUCCAUUCCAGACACUCAAAAGUAUUAACAAAAAAUACAUUUAUAGAGAAUAACUAUAGUUCUGCAUACAGAAAACAAUGAGAAAUAAAUAUAAAAGACUAAUGAAAUGAAUAAAUGAAAAUUUAACAUCACUUUUACCUUUAUUGAAGACUCUUGUUGGCGUAUGGAAGACGGCGAGAAGGGGAGAGAGAGGAGAGGUUAUCUCUACCACCAUCACUGCCACCCUCUACCACCAUCACUACCACCCUCUAACACCAUCACUACCACCUUCUACCACAAUCACUACCACCAUCACAACCAUUACUACCACCCUCAACCACCAUCACUACCACCCUCAACCACCAUCACUACCCCCCCUCUACCACCAUCACUAUCACCCUCUGCCACAAUCACUACCACUCUUUACCACCAUCACAACCACUACCAUCCUCUACCACCAUCACUACCACAAUCACUACCACCCUCUACCACCAUCACUACCAUCAUCACUACCAUCAUCACUACCAUCAUCACUACCAUCAUCACUACCACCAUCACUACCACCAUCACUACCACCUUCGACCACCAUCACUACCACCCUCUACCACCAUUACUACCACCCUCUACCACCAUCACUACCACCCUCUACCACCAUCACUACCACCCUCUACCACCAUCACUACCACCCUCUGCCACAAUCACUACCACCCUCUACCAUCAUCACAACCACUACCACCCUCUACCACCAUCACUACCACCCUCUACUGAUGAGAAACAAAUCCAGACUGACUCAGAAUGCAUGGGAUGCUUUGUGUGGGUGCGGGUGGACACAUUUGGUAUGGUGGACCACUGUCAACUCGACAAAAACCGAGGUGAUGAAUGAAAACUGGGACAAAAUUUUGAUGAAAAAAGUUGUCGAAAACUGAAUUUGACGAAAAUCAGGGCAAAUUAAAACCAGGGUUCCACUGUAGUGGAGAUUUAAAAAAUCCACAAAUGGUUUUAAAAGCAAUAAUUUUACUUUGUACAAUGGUUCCAUGGGCACAUAAAUGUUGUGGGCAUUCAUUUAUAGCACAUGAUAUAGAUUUAACUUAGGGUAAGCCAGUAAAGCCAAACAAUGUGACUUCCAUUAGAGAAUGAGCUUUUAUGAAGUUUAUUAUUUUUACUGAAUCAUUGAGUAUUGACAUAAACCCAUCUGGUUUUACACAGGACAGUUAAAAACAUAUACAGUAUUUAUUUUAUUUUAUAAUACCACCAUCUAUAGUCAUUACAGUAUGUGCUUCUGUUUAAUAUUUUUUAUGAUACACCAAAAGAGUUGGGUCACUGAGAAGAGCACCGUGAUGGGCAUACAGUAGGACCCCAACUUAUGAAUGAGAUGCAUUUCUGUUAUUUCAGUUUACAUACUAGUAAAGUUGAUCACUGAAAGUUGGAAUGUUGUAGGUUUGGGCCCAGCUGUACUUCUGUUUACAGCAUUGUGCUCUACUGUUUUGUUUUGCUGCUGAAUUUUGUUACUGCAGUUCUAAUAUCAACAACAUUCUAAUAUACAUUUUUUAACCUUUUCCUCACCUUUUUGUCUCUCUUGCUUUUCCUACGGUUGCAUAUAUUGCAAACAAUUCAGACCUUCAAUUCCUUGCAUCCCAUCAUUGCAUUCAGUGUUGGCUGUGCCGCAUCUUUAACAGACACAAGAAAAUUAUCUUCUGUUGGGUUCUCAGACAUGUACGGAUUCAAGGCAUGAACUUGCAGUUACUUUUGUGAGUUCUGCAGUUCAGGACCUUUUCAUUUUCUACAGGUAUUUACCAUUUUCUGAUUACUUUCCAGUAUCCACUCAGUCCUUGCAAGAUUACUGGCAAAAAUCAUUAAUCCUAUCAGUGAUCAAGAAACUUUCGUCACCAAACCACAAUUGGGCUUCUGCCCAUCCUCCUAUAUUUUUGCCAGUUUUGGAAAAUGGUACUUAUACAAAUAUGUAUUUGUCACACUAGACUCACAUGUGGCUACCUCAUGGAGAGGUACAUACUUUGUACAGUUCUGUGAGGAUUGUCGGGUCACCUAGCAGUCUAACAUAUUCUUAGUGAUUACUCCAUUUAUCAGCGAAGAUACCAAUGACAAUUUAGACACUGCCAAUAUCCUGACAAGUUUAUUAUUUUCCACUUUCCUGUUUGGUGGCCCCUAUCUUUGCUGUGGAUACAAUUGUUUCUCUUUAAAUUGACACUGGUUUCCUUUACCAGAUAUAAGUACAGUACCAUCUUUCCAGCCAUUGAUCUUCCCUCAAUACCACCUCUUCACCUCCCAUCCAUCCUUCCCUCCCAAUGUGUAGUGCACCAUGACCUUAAGGGGUUAGUGCUUUCUUUGCUCAAUUUGUCUUACAUCUUUUCAGUGCAUUUCGUUGUCUUUACACAGCAAUUUCCCACCAAAGCUGGUUGACGUAACUAGAAAGUAUAUUCACUAUCACAUUCUUUCUAGCUGCCUUUCCAGAAAAGGCAGCUAGACAGAAGAUAUGUAUCAGAAAUGCAUGAUAUGCCACUUGGAGUGACAGUAAAUAUAUUAGAUGUUGUUUUGUACAAGAGGAUAAUGAAAUUUAUUUUAUACUUCUCAGUAAAAAAUUGCAUUAUUCAACUUUUAUAGCUUUUAUUAUUUUUAGUUUUGUAUUUUUUUAAACUUCACAUACUGUACUGCCAUGCAUAUUUAAGUGAAUUCUUUGAAGUUGAGAUAUUACAUAGGUGUAUAGUGUAUAUUUUUACCACAUUCAGAAGAAUAAUUCCCAAUACUGAGACUGGACUAGUUCACAACUAAUUGACAAAUUUGAGAGGAAACUAGAUAAUAUUUUGGUCUGUCCUAGACCAUUAUCAAGCCAGGCUUUGUAAGUAAUCUACAACAGAAAGAAGUGUCAUUUAGUUUCUCCAAAUCACAGAAUGGGUCUGGCUUGAACCCCAGACCAAAUGAGCCCUAAAGCUCACAGGUGUUAACCACUCAGCCAGCUGGUGUGGGACUCAUCUACAAAAACCUGCAUUUGUGGUCACAGUGGGGCCUAACUUCCCUAUUGUAUAUAGAAAUAUACCUAUUUGGAUGAAUCUUAAUAGAGCUGGCCCAGUGAUUAACACAUUGGCCUAUGAGUUUUAGUACUCACUUGCCAUGGGUUCAAACCCCCCCAUUCGAUGAUUUGUUUACAAUUAUGUUCUUUUAAUUUCAUGGGUCAUGAUAGUUUCUCCAAUUUGUGGGUCAUGAAUUCCCAUUGAAGUAGGCACAAAGCCAGUUCAGUAGCCUAUUUAAGCUUUGUUGAGGAUUAACUGAAAAUGAUUUUAGAAGUCAACUCCCUCUGCUGCCCAGUCCCAGACCAGGCCUCCCUGAUGAUGGCCUGAUCAACCAGGCUAUUGGUGUUAGCUGCACAGAGAUCAUGUGCACCACAGCCCAGCUGAUCAGGAACUUACUUGAGGAACUUAAAAGUCUCUCUUGAAAAUAGUUAGAGCUAUGUCAGUAAUUCCCUUUAUAUUAGAAGGAUGUUGAAAAGUCUUGGGCCCUUUACACUUAUUGAGUUAUCCCUUGUACUCAUUGGACCCCUGCUUUUCACACAUCCAUGAACUUGCUACACAUGACUUACACACGGAUACCAUUUAUAAAGAUGCCUAGCACCUCUCUGUGAAGAUUACCAGGUGACUAACAGUUCACCAUAUAUUAAUAGAUUAGAUUGUUCAAUUUAUCAUAGAUCUUGCAGAAUUCACUUUACAUCUUAUAUGCCAUGACACACUUGCAUUAACUUCCCUCCUUAUUGAUUACUCUACCCAUUGAUGCAGACUGCUCUGAGUUUUUAUAUUUUCUAACAACCCUAUUACACCAACUGUGAUGUUAAUUUUAUACCUUUACUGACUGUCAACUCCACUAACCUCUGCCCUUACAACUUAUACAACGUCUUCAUUGUAUGUCCCAUGUGAGUUUGGCACUUGUUUGAAAUACCAUAAUAAAAAUAAUACAGUAAUAAUAAUGGUACUGGACAGGUAUAAAAGUUUUACAGUGUUUGACUUGGCUUUUACUAUAUUGUUAAUUUGUUUUUGUAAAGAUUUUUAAUUUAAAAUUAAAAAAUACUGUACAAAGUAAUUGAAAUACUGUACUAUAAUUCAUGUUAAGUGGUAAACUCAUGUGGGCCAUUCAGUGCAAGAUGUAAUGGAGGCUUGAUCCUCCAGCUGCUGAACUUGAAACAGAUGUGCUUCCUAUUUGUAUUCAUCUAUGUAUUAAUGUAGCCAUUAAAGAUCUGUAUUCAUUAUUACAGGCAUACCAGGCAAAUGAAUAUAUUAGAAAAUAGGUAAAACACGUUACUGUACUUAGCAAGGAAAGUUUUUAUCCUAAUGACUUCAAAGUGUGAGCUAAAGUACAGGUGCUUCUCGACUUACAAUGGGGUUAUGUUUCGAAGAACCCAUUGUAAGUUGAAUAUGAAUACAGUGGAACGUCUGGUCACGAACAUUUCCAAACAUGAAGAAAUUGGUUCACUACCAAAAAAUUUGUCUGAUUUUUACAUCUGGUCACGAACACAUAAUCAGGUGCCAAACAAACACGGCUACGCCAGUUUUCACAUUCUGCGCCAUUUUUUCACGCACCAAUUUUCCCCGCUUCCUGUUGUUUGUGCACACCUAACAAAGACCCUCACGUUGUAUUCGGUCUCGGUCAGAUGUGCGUUCAUUCGCUGUGAUCUUCUUGUGUUGUAUUUCAUGUGUUUUUUAAUUCAUUUUGUUUUCUUGGUUGUUUAUGGUAUGUUUUCUGUUAUUGAAGGUUUUUUCUCUAUUAAACUGUGCAUUAUUUUGUAUAGUUAAGGAUUUUUCAAACUUUGAUUAUUUUUUCUGUGCUUAAGGGGCUACUAAGGGGAGGUAAACGACCCCAAUGGAAAUAAUUCACUCUGUCUGACUUUUUGGGUUAUCCUAGGUUCUCUACACAUAUGGUGCUAUGUAUGAUAAUCUGUGCACCUGUAUUUGUGUAUACCUAAAUAAACUUACUAAGGCUUGUGCCAUGUGAAUGAACAAAAAAAAAAAGAGCUAAUCAUAUAGAAUUGAGCUAAUCAUAUAGAAAAAUAGCUUAAUGGUUAGGCAACAUUCUGGUAUAAGAAUCAUUGUUGUACUAUGUUCCUACAAGGAAUUAUAGUCAUUUAUAACAUACAUGUUUAUAGUGACACUGCCACCUAUAGCAUGUGUGCUCACAUGUCAUCAAUUGUUUCAGAAACACUGUCACCGGUCAGUUGUUUUUCAUUAAUUCACACUAACAAAAGUUCUUCCAUUUCUUCAGUUAUCUGUGACCUUUUCACAGAAAGAAUUUUCACUCCUUUCACCUCUUUAUUUUUCGAUAUGGACGACAUGGUGCAUUUCGCUAUAUCAUAUUGAGUGACCAGGUCCGACACACGUUCCACUUUCCCACUUUUCUAUGAGUUCUUUUUUCACUUUUUAACCCCUUCAGGGUCCAAGGCCCAAAUCUGAAGUGGUGCCCCAGUGUCCAAGAAUUUAAAAAAAAAAAUUUGUUAAUUUUUUCUUAUGAAAUGGUAAAGAAUCUUUUUGUGAAGGUAAUAAAACAAAAAGUACGAAAUUUGAUGGAAAAUUGACGAAAUUAUGCUCUCGCGAAUUUUGAUGUGUCAGCGAUAUUUAGGAAUCGGCGAUUUUGCUGACUUUCACUCCCAUUUUAGGCCAAUUACAUUAUUCCAGUCAACCAAAUUCUUAGCUAUUUCGCUAGUAUUACUUCUAUUCUAAUGAUUGAGCACAAGAAAUCGCCAAGUCAACUGUUUCAACUACAAAUUAAAGUGAUCGGAAAUUGUUAAUUUGGCCAAUUUAACACAAAGUUCAAAAUAUUCCAAUUUCAAAAUAGGGUCCAGAAUAAACAAUGUAGGUAUUCCUGGAACUAAACUAACAUUUCCUCUGUUCAUUAGUUAUGUUUUGAGGCUUUACAAAUAAAUUCCAUUUUGAUUUUUUAUUCACAUAAUGAAUUUUUAUUCACACCAAAAAAUAGAAGAUUUACUGUUAUGCAAUACUGUAAUAAUUGUAUAAAUAUCAUCACCAUAUUUGUGAAUGCAUAUUAGACCCACCAGCUGGCGUGUAUUAGACGUGUGAGGUCGUUUGUUUACUCUUGAAUAUCGGCAAAAAUUUAACGUUUCUGCUACUUUGAGCUCAGUUUCAAGCCAUUUCCAGUGCUAAAACCAAUCAAAAUUAUCUCUAUUUCUGUAAUAUGUCUUCCAUUCUAUCAAAUGAGACCAAGAAAUCGCAAAUACAACUAUAAAAAACAUACGAAAAAACACUGCAAAGUCGCUGUUUUAAUCGAAAAAUCAUGAUUUCAGUUUUUUUUCUCAUUAUACACAGUGUGCUGCAGGAUCUGUUUUAUGUGGUGCACACAUACCACAUAGAUGUAUUCUCUCAUAUCUAGGCCCAAAUGUACCACUCACAGUUUAUCAGAGUGAGCUGAGCUCAUGACGUAGAUCUACGGUUUGGACCCUGAACGUAAAGCCGUAGAUCUACGGGAUGGACCCUGAAAGGGUUAACUUUAACCCGUAAACAGUCCAAACGUAUAUAUACGUUUUUUUAACAUUUGAAAGUAUGUAAAAAAAGUAGAUCUUUUUUUUUUUUACAUUUGAAAAUGUGUAAAAACUUUGACCUACUUUUUUUUUUUUUUUAUAUUUGAAAAUAUGUAAAAAAAAACGUAGGUCUACUUUUGGAGCACUACACAUGUGAACAUAGAUCUGCCUGGACCGUUUACGGGUUAAUUGUUGUUCUUGCUGUUUUCCUUUUAGGCUUAUUUGCAUCACUAUUCUUUUGGGGCAAUGAUCACUUAUUUUCAGUGAAAAUACAGUCUCUCCUCACUUACCGACAGGGUUCCGUUCCUAAGAGUAGGUUGGUGAGUGAAUUGGUCAUUAAACGAGGAGCAUACUAUACUGGUAGUGGGUUUGUGUCAACCAUUUUUAGAUAUUUUUUUAAUGUCACUUUUGCACCAUUUAUAACAUUUCUGGUAUAUUUUUAAAUCUUUAUACAGUAGUUUACUGUAUACUGUAAUAAACAGAAUAGAGGAAAUUGGCUCUUGUAUACAUUAUUUAGGUUUGCAUACUGGUUGGAGAGCUGGUUGUAAGUCUGAGUGGUUGGUAAAUGAAUACAUUGCUAAGUGAGGAGAGGCUGUAUUUAAAAUACAUCACAGAAUAACAAUGAAAUACCAGAAAGUUUCACAGAGCUUAUACGAAUGAUGCUUAACAAACAAAAGCCGAUGAAAGACUGCAGGAGUGAUGCUUUCUUUUUGUUUUACUUUGUCCAGAUGGACCGUUUUAUUUAGGUCGAAUAUCAGGGCAAUGUCCAAAUACUGAGUCAAAUUUUUCUCAAAAAAAUUGGGCGAAUAUCGGGUUGUAUGAAUACAGGGACGUACAAAUAUUGAGGCUCUGCUGUAAAUGAAUACAAGUUACAGACUUUCCACCUUCAUGAUGGGCAAUUAUCUUAAUUUUUAUUUUAGCAUGAUAUAUGUUUGUACAAAGGAGUGCAACAAUUGGGUGAACAUGUCAAAAGCCCCUUUAUAUGCAGAGCAUUUCGGGCAAACUUAAGACUAACUUAAAAUUAAUAAGGCAAUAACAGUGCUGUAAUUGUACUUAUGGUCAUUAGGUGAGUUACAAUGAAUACAAGAAAAUUGAAUAUUCUAUCAGUUCAAGCUAUAUGGCUUUCAUAGGUUAGGUAGAGAAGAAUUACAGUUUUGAUAAACAAAAAAAUUACAGUAUUACGAUGUAGCACAAUUUGAAACAAUGAAAUUGAAACAAUUUUAAGUUUGAAGUAAUGAUUAAUUAGUUGAGCAAUCAUCAAGCACAAUUUACAGUAAUGAAGUAUUACAAUUUAGCACAAUUUAAAACAACAAAAUUGAAACAAUUUUAAGUAUGAAGUAACAAUUAAAUAAAUCUUAAGUUUCAUCUCCAGAGUAAUUGCUUUUGCACCCUCGUAGUUGAAAUAUUGUAAGUCAAGGAGCACCUGUACUAACUUGAUCAAACUCAUACUUAAGCAAGACAUUAUGUUCAUCUUGCCAAUUUUUUUUUUAUUUUGAGCUUGCUACUUUCAUGGAAAGACAAUGUAAAAUUUGAGGUAUGUUUAUUUUCAGUGUUGUGUAGUCCUGUCCCAUCAAGGAAGAUGCUUUGAUGCUGGUGCUGUAUAACCUUAUGGGUUUAGCAUUUUACUUGAAUAUAAUUAUUUUUACUUAGUGCCAGUGAGGGGGUUUUGAUCUAAGGAAAUAAACAUAUUCUCUCCUUUUAUGAAACCUGAUUGUCUUCCCAUUCCUUAUUCACUGCAUGAUCCUUAUGAGUUUAGUGUUUCCCUUAUGAUUAUAAUAAUCUGCAGUUGUGUUAGUGUUUAUCUUGGUACCACAUGUAAAAUGUUAAGAAUCUUUCACAUACAAGAAUUUCCCAGUAACACCACUGGUUAUACAGUACAGGACUUUAGUUGUUACUGAUGUAUUUAUUGUGUCAGUGACAGUUUUACCUCUUUGGUCUUUUUUAAACUGAUGCCAGAAGAUAGUCGGCCACAAUUCUCAAACACUAUACAGUGGACCCCCGCAUAAUGAUCACCUCCCAAUGCGACCAAUUAUGUAAGUGUAUUUAUGUAAGUGCGUUUGUACGUGUAUGUUUGGGGGUCUGAAAUGGACUAAUCUACUUCACAAUAUUCCUUAUGGGAACAAAUUCGGUCAGUACUGGCACCUGAACAUACUUCUGGAAUGAAAAAAUAUCGUUAACCGGGGGUCCACUGUAUACAAGAUGAUAUCUUAAAACAGUUUCCCAGCCUUAUUUUUGCAUAGUGCUUUCCCUCCUUUAAUGAGCAAGGAGCACUUAUGACCCCCUCAAAUAAAUUUUGUGUUAAAUGUGAAUUCUGCUAGGACCACUUUUUUUUUUUAUAAGUUUACUGAAAUUAGUAAUGAUACAGUAAAACAAUUGGAAAAUAAAAAAAAUGUUAAUUUCAUUAAAAAAAUAAUUGUACACUUUUUAAAUACAGUAUAUAGCAUCCGUAUCACUGAUUUAAUAUUUGCAGCAAAAGAAAAAGCAUCAACCAUGUGAGAGGAGUUAGUGGUAACCAUGUGUUCAAUGGUUCAUUACUACUCACAAAACAUGCUCAUUUAAUGUUAUUUGCUUGCUUGUGUUGAAAGUAUGUGUACCUGUUUGAAUGCAUAAUAAAGUUUCAACACCUGAUUUUUUUUCACCGAGUGCACCCCUAUUGCUCUCUUAGGUUACUCCCCUCACGGGAGCUUCAUUGAUGCUGGUGACUUGCUCUUGACUCAUAUAACUGGACUUACCUGCCUCUUCCUUUGAUCAAACCUGAUUGCCUCUCAAUCCCCAGGUCCUGUAUGACCCCUAAAACAUACAGAUAAUUUAAAAAUAGCCACUAGGGGGUGGCACUGCUAGGUUGAGAAACACUGCUUGAAAGCUAUUCUAAACUAAAACUAAGAAACAAAAAACUUUUAUAUAAUUACACAGUGUUUUAGAAAAUAAGAGAGACUAAAACUCCAUGUUGCACUGAUUGCACAUCCAUCUUCUCCAGGGAAUCUUGUGCAUCAAGGGUUGAGUAUUAAAGCAUUAUCAAUUAAG